GCGCGUUAGUAGUGGUCCAGACGUUCGACUGUUGUGAAUAACCGUAUCAAAAUGGCAGACAAGAUCGAGUUGUUUUACGCUGUCGUGUUGGUCAUCCUCCGAUUGAGUUACAGUUUACCUGUUUCUUCGGAUGUUGACACCAGAGCUGCAAUUGAGCUGGCGGAUGCUAUGGACGCGACAGCCGAUCCAUGCCAGGAUUUUUUUCAAUACGCUUGUGGCGGAUGGAUCGAAAAGAAUCCAAUUCCAACAUCGAAAUCGACCUGGUCGCAAUUCGACCUUGUGAAUAAAAAACUAGCUCAUGAAUUGGCAGAUAUUUUGAAAGAGAAAAAUUCUCUUACGGAUCCAUUUCCAGUGAGACUUGCCCGUCAAAUGCACAGCGACUGUAUGGACAACGAUACUACCGAGAGCUUAGGAUUGACGCCUUUAACCAAUUACUUGGGUCAGUUCGGUGGCUGGCCGAUGACGUUGGCUCAUUGGAAAGAUUCUUCAUUCAACUGGACGAACACGACAGCGUCGGCACUCACUACUUUCAAUUUGCCCAUAUUAAUCAGCAUCUUCAAUGACUUGGAUACGGAUCACACGAACGCGAGUACGAUCUACAUUGACCAAGAUUCGCUUUAUUUGCCGCGUUCAGUCCUCGUUAAUUUGACGGCCAAUCCAACAAUUGCGACGGCCUACAAGAAAGUGAUAGUCGAAUCUGCCAAAGCGAUUAGAGAUUGGCUGCGGAGUAACGUCACUGACGUCGAAAUCGAGAGCCAAGUCGACGCUGUUUUGAAAUUCGAGUCACAGUUGGCAACGAUCACCGUUUCAGAUGGAGAUCGUCGCAAUAGCAGCCGAAUGUACAAUCCAAUGACGCUGACAGAACUUCAAAAUUGGACUGACGGCCUGUUCAUCAAUAAUUCUUCUAAUAAAAUUAAUUGGCUAGAAUACCUCAACGCUAUUUACUCUUCCGCUGGUAUCACGAUCCCGAAAACGGAACGACUUGUCAUAGCCGAGCCGAAUUAUUUAAAUCAGCUCAUUCAACUGUUGAAUAAAACACCGCCUCGAGUGUUAGCUAAUUACAUCCAUUGGCGUAUUGUGGAUGCUCUGGCCAUGUUCACUAACCAGCGCAUGGCUGAUGUGCAAUUUGAAUUUGCUAAAGUGACUGAAGGCAUUUCCAAACCCAAUUCGAGGUCACAUCAAUGCGUCGAUGCCGUCAAUGAACUCAUGGGAAUGGCGUUAGGUUCAGUUUACGUUCAAAGAGUGUUUGACGAUCAAUCUGUCGAAGAGAUUAAAGAGAUGAUUGUCAAUUUGAAAAAGUCGUUUAAAUCUCUGCUAAGCGAAGCUUCUUGGAUGGAUUCAACUACUAAAUCAACAGCAAAAGAUAAAGUAGAUGCCAUGAUUGAAUUUGUUGCCUACCCCGCAUGGUUAAAGAACAAAACUGCCUUAGAGGAUUAUUACGACGGGAUUAUUACGACUUCGACGGGUUCCCAUUUCUAUAAUAUUCAACAAGUGCAUUCUUUUAUAAAUCAAAACGAAUUGGCCAGUCUCCGCGAGAAACCUGAUCGCACCGAAUGGAACGAUAAACCGACUAUUGUCAACGCUUUCUACUCUGGCACCACAAACUCAAUUACUUUUCCGGCUGCCAUUCUACAACCCCCGUUUUAUCAAAAAGGGCGUUCGGCGGCAAUGAAUUACGGCGCUAUGGGUAGCAUGAUCGGUCAUGAAAUAACUCACGGAUUCGACGACGAAGGUCGACAGAGUGACAAGUACGGCAACACGGCUCAGUGGUGGUCGGAGAAAACACUGGAACUGUAUCAAGAACGGGCCACGUGCUUCAUUAACGAAUACUCCAAUUUCACCGUCCUAAAUGGUUCAAAAUUAAACGGGGUCAAUACCCAGGGCGAGAACAUUGCGGAUAAUGGCGGAGUGAGGGAAGCCUUGAGAGCUUACCGUUACUACGUCGCAGCCAAUGGCCGGGCUGAUUCGACCAAAUUCGAAAACUUGACGCCAGAGCAAGUUUUCUUUCUUGCUUACGCCAAUAGUUUAUGUGGAACUAAUACUCCUCAAGCGUUGAGGACUCUUAUUGAAAAGGAUCCUCACAGCCCUUAUCGCUAUCGCGUCAUAGGAACUCUGUCCAAUAACGAAGACUUUGUCAGAGCGUUUCAAUGUCGUCCAGGCACGCCGAUGAAUCGAUUAAAUAAAUGCGUUCUAUGGUAGAACACUAUCUUGAAAAAUUAAAUAAAUUAAUAUUGAAAGCUUU